AGAGGGUAUGUAUAAACUUGUUGUUCUCGCUGGUUACUUAAACCUUCUCUUCUUCUACUUCCUCUUCAUUUCGCGACGUUGUUUUGUUCAGAUCUGAUUGAGAGAGAGAGAGAGAGAGAGCGGAGAAGAUGAGCGGCAAGAAAAGCUAUAAUGGGAUAACUGAUAUCCCGUCAGGGUCGAGGAAGAUGGUACAAAGCUUGAAAGAGAUUGUGAACUGCUGCCCUGAGGCAGAGAUCUAUGCCGUGCUCAAAGACUGUAACAUGGAUCCUAAUGAAGCCGUUAAUCGCCUCCUCUCCCAAGAUCCUUUUCAUGAGGUUAAGAGCAAAAAAGAAAAGAAGAAAGAGAAUAGGGAUAUACUGGAUUCCCGGCCACGAGGGUACAGUAACAGUUACAACCGUGGGAGUAGAGGUGGUUCUGAUCGUUAUGCUGGAGGACCUGGAAGAAGUGGAGCUACCUCUUUCAGCUCUAGUGAGUCGAGAAGUUUUCAAGGAAAAACUUCAAACAAGAGAGAGAGCGAGAAGGAGACUUAUGCAGCUUCUUUUUCUUCUACGUCUGGAGUAUCCAGCCACCAUCAGAUACCACACAGUGAUUCCGUUGCUGUGGACAGUAAAACGGCAACUGUUGGCUCGGGUGGUAGGAUAUCAUCAUCGCAGCCUGUUUCUGGACAGCAAACUGCAUGGUUUGGAGCUGCAGGUCAGAUGUCUAUGGCUGAUAUUGUGAAGAUGGGUAGACCUCAUAACAAAACAGCCAACUCUCAGAAAAAUCACGAGCAUGAAAUUGCCGCAAAUCAACAUGUACCUGUAAAAGAUCAAUGGCCCUCGAUUGAGAAGCCAAUGGCUGCUGCUAGCACUGCUUCUGUAUCAGUGGCACCAACUGAGUCAGAGAUAUGCAGUGGUCCAGCAGAUUAUCAGUCCAGUAGAGGAGAUCAACAACUGAAGGGCCAAUGGGAAGAUACACAGUUAGCAGAUAAUGGUCCCUGUGGAAAUCUUGGAAGAGAUCAGAUUCAGGCUGACACUGUCGCUUGUGGAGUUGUUCCAGAAGAUGAAUCUGGAGUGUCAUCUGAGUUUGAUGAUGCUCCAUACAGACACGAAACAACGCAGAACCAUCCUGUUGAGCACCAGAAAGAUGAAGAUAAUGUUUCGUCUGUUGCUGCCAACCUUCAAGAAUUAAGCAUAGAGAACCAUGAUAAACACUCCUCCCAUGAUGAGGUUAGACCUGAUGUCUUAAUUCCAGAUCAUCUUCUAGUCUAUACAGAAGAAUGCUCACACUUAAGCUUUGGAAGUUUCGGAUCAAGACCUUUGAACAACAACAACUUAGAAGAGGCAUCUGAUGUAGCUCCACAGAUUGAACAUUCUGAUGCUAGAAACACCGAGUUCUAUGGAGAUGAACCUCUAGGAAGCAUGUCCAAUGGAAAUACGGUCCAUGCGUCUACUGCAGAAAAUUACAAUGAUUCUUCAGAAUCUCAGGGAGAGGAUUUGUUGCCAGAAAAUCCUGAAACCGCUCAUCAGGAGAACCAGUACUCCGUUGCUCAAUCCGAUCAAGAGUAUGCAUAUGAAAACGCCAAGCAGCAGAUGAAUACUGCGUUUGAUGCUUCACAGGCGAGCAUGCAUAACCAGAUGCAGAAUCUUACCUCUUUAACAAAUGUAAUGCAAGGGUAUACAAACUCUAUUCCAAACACUCUAUUGGCACAGACAGCACAAAGUGCGAGGGAGCUUGAGCUUCAGUACACGACUUUCCCAGGGGCACAGUCCAUGCCAUCAAGAAGCAACGAUUCCUCACUAGGUGGCCAAAGCAUUUCUAUGCCAGAGGCACUCAGAGAUGGUGGUGGUAUUCAAACAACGCAGCCAAGCCAGCAGAACUUACCCGGUGCUAAUAUUGCUACUCAACAGCUACCAAUGCAUCCAUACUCUCAGCAUACUGUGCCUCUAACUCACUUUGCCAACAUGAUGAGUUAUCCUUUGAUGCCUCAGAGCUACCCAUACAUGCCAUUUGCUGGUAAUAGCCCAUACCACCCGUCACUGGCCGCUUUGCUUCCGCAGUACAAAAACAACGUCUUAGCCAGUAAUUUGCCUCAGUCAGCAACUUCUGCCCCCAUCUCCUCCGCGUAUGGGUUUGGGAAUUCAAGCAGUGUUGGAGCUCUUAACCAACAACAACAACAGGCAGCUCCUUCUGGGGCAACACUUAGUUAUGAAGACAUCAUGAGUCUACAAUACAAACACAACAGCCAUCUCUUGUCACUUCAGCAACAACAACAACAACAACAACAUCAGAAUGAUAACUCGCCUUUAUGGGUUCAUGGACCUGGUUCUCAAACAAUGUCUGGUGUCCAGAGCAAUGCCUACUACAACCUUCAAGCACAACAGCAAGCUCAGCAACUUCGACAAGCUCAGCAACAGGCGCAGCAGCAACAUGGAUCGCUCGGUUACCCUAACUACUAUCAGUCACAGACCGGAAUGUCAAUGGAGCACCAACAGCAAAACCCAAGGGAGGGUGGCUCGCAAGGCCAACCUUCAAAGCAAACUCAGCAGCAGCACCUCUGGCAAAACUCUUACUAGGCAGUUUCAGCCUCAUGGGUUUUGUGUACUUGUCACGUAGCCGUGGCUAUAAAGCUGAGAGCCAGUUAUAUAGGUUAUCGGUUAUUUGAGUUGUUGGGUAGGGAGAGUGAAAGAGAAAAGAACGGAUCCUCACCAUGUCACUGUGAGUGUAUUUGUCAUCUUCUGUAAACUUUGAAAACAAGCAAACUCAAAUUUUGAUCAAUGCAACUGAAGAACCAAAGAAAAAAAAGCAAAGGCUUAUAGGCUUAUAGCUUUGUCUUUGUGUUCCAACUUGUAUAGUAUCUUCGGUUUUUGUUCAA